CUUGCUUCCGCUCCUCCAUCAUGCCGCCACUGUCCGUCGCGCUAGAUCAUCCAGGAGUUCAUCCCCAAACAUUGAUCGGAAAAGUUCUAAUUCGCGCUCGACGUUCACCUCUACACCCAACUCUGACUCUCCACUUUCGCGACAACACCGCCUUCCAAAUUCUCGUCGAUGGCUAUGAUCCCGCACACCCUGGCAUUCCCAAGGCACUAGACUUUGACCCUCUAUUUGACCGCAUCCUUGCUAAUGGUGAAACUCUGGACCUGACUGUCCUUGAUUGCGCCUUCGUCACUUUGUCCGACAAGGCUUUCGAGCGGAAGCACAAUCUUGACCGCGAUCGACCCGUGGAUGAUCUAAGAUGGGAUCAAAAACAUCUGGCAGUCGCUUUUAAAUUUUCUGAGGAGACACCGCGGUGGCAUUGUGUUUGGGCAAUGCUUGAGGACCACGAUAAAACACAGCGAACUUGUAUAUUCCGUAGUUAUGGGGAUGUUUAUCUUCAUCGUCUGCACCGCUCCCCGCGAAAGCCCAGGAAAAGACUAAGCCUGGCAUAAUACCCAGGUAACGGAACCUGACACGGUAUCAGUCCAUAAUUCAGUCUGUGUAAUUCUACUCAACGUAAAUGUUUGAUAGAUGCCUCUGCUUAUCCCCUUACAGACCUACAUUCCGCACUCACUGUAAAUCGCGCAUUGACCUUUGGGUUGUUAUUUGUCAUAUCUACUAGCUAGAACAACCGCUGUAUUAUCUGCAUCCAUAUGCUUUGCUUUCUCACAUCACUAUAUGUAUCUAUGUGGUGCUUUUGGCCUCAAGCUGGCUCCAACGAGUAUCUAUAUCUGAUUCUGGUCAUUCAGCGGCUUUGCGCCGGAACCUAAAUAUCGCAGCAGCAUAUCUUAGGUGACGACCAUGCCUCUUUGAUGAUGCAGUCGGGUACGGCGGUCGAAUUACUCGGAAAGGAUGUAUUUGGCGAUCGAUGCAUGUCCAUUGGUAUCGAAGGCAAGAGACAU